CAGACCCUUUUUUUUCUCACCCACGUCCAUUCUGUGCACCUCUUCUUGCUCCACCAUGAUACUUCCGAGUCUCGAGUUCGCUUCAAUCAUGCUGCAUCUUGGGCAACGGAAAUUAAAUCCUUACCACUACACGCCGACUGAAUGGAUUUGCGCCACAUUCUUCGGCCUCUUCAUCGCGUCGACGGUAAUUCAUUUGUAUCAAGCCAUCCGAUAUCGCUCGAAGUGGAUGAUUCCAACAGCAGUCUUGUGCGGACUCCUGGAGAUCGUCGGAUGGGGUGCUCGUCUCAAGUCUAGCUUCGAUCCAACCGUCCUGCUGGCUUUCGAGAUCCAGACCAUCGGAACCAUCAUCGGUGAGCAUCACUCUUCAAAUUGUUUCCGCGGCCGACUCCCGUGCUGCAGGCCCAACACCGUUGAUCGCCGCAGACUUUAUGAUUCUAGGGCGGAUUAUCCAGCGAUUGGGCAUCCAAUACAGCCGUUUGUCCCCCAAAUUAUGUGCGAGUCCCUGCCUGGAAAUUCCUCACGCGCACAUGAGCUGACCACCUCAGACUCCAUAAUAUUCUGCAGUUUUGACAUUGUUUCUUUGACCGUGCAAGGAUUCGGUGCCACCAAAGCCAGUCUUGCGGUACAUAACGGCACCAGCACCAAGUCCGGUGCAAAUAUCAUGUUGAUCGGGAUCAUCUUUCAAAUGGUCACGAUCACGAUCUACAUCUUGCUCGCCACUGAAUUCCUCUUGCGCUACUUCAAGGACUGGCCGAUUGGUGGCAAGCAGGCCGAGUACCAUGAGCUGUCUGGGGGUCUGAUAACCAGUUCCCCUCUCGGUGAGAGGAGCGACGGGCGGGGAAAUUUUGAUUACCCGAUGCAGAUCGUGGUCGGUGCUUUAACAUUCAACACGGCGUGUCUCUUCAUUCGCGCGAUCUAUCGAACAGUCGAACUUCUAGACGGCUUCGGCGGCCCCAUCAUCUCAACCCAGCGCUACUUCAACAUCCUCGAUGGUUGCAUGAUCGCGCUCGCGAUCACGACACUGAAUGUUGUGCAUCCCGGCGUCUGGUUGAAAAAACACGACAAAAAGGAGAGUGAGAUCGAGGGCCGCCUCAAACAAGCGGGCCUACUGUACUAUAGAAUGUAAUGGGGCUUUGAUUGCGUGGACUUCAUGUUCUUUUCUCCCCUCAGGAGUCAGGAGAGUUGGGGUUGAUGCCGGUGGACAUCUACUUGACAUUAUUUGAGUCUACAUAUACUCGUAUACUAGCCAGCUUCCUGUUAGAGAGGGUGCCCUCAUGUGACGUAAUAGCCCGGGCCCAUACAGUUCCAAUAGAUCUUGUUUUGUCUCGAGACUCUACUACCAGGCGAGUUUGCGGUAUCUUUUUGAAUUGGCGAAUUGGACAAUGUGCCCUGAUCUGGGGAUAAUCUCAUAUUAGAAUGGCAAUGGUUAGCCUCUGCGAUGUGUAAGAAUGAAAUAGUUGAAUUACAUGACGCGCUUCAACUGGAAAUAGCAUCCUUUUCGAGAGAGAGUAACUUAUCGUGGCAUAUUCUUC